AUGGAAGAUCAAUCUGCAAAUGAUAUCAGGACUCCGUUAUUAUCUGAACUUGACAAAAAUGAUGAUCAUGGAAAUGUAUCCUGCUCAAAUCCUGAGGUUAUGGAACCCGAAGAAACUUCACCAGUCAUGGAGGUGUCUCUGACUGUACCUGUUAACGAUGAUCCCUCUCUUCCUGUUCUCACCGUUCGAAUGUGGGUGUUAGGCGCCAUGUCGUGUGUCCUUUUGUCAUUUCUCAAUCAAUUUUUCUGGUACAGGACCGAGCCGUUAACCAUAACUGCAAUCUCUGUUCAGAUUCCCGUUCUCCUUUUAGGCCGACUCAUGGCUGCCAAUUUCAAACAGCGCGUUUUCUUCAAAGGGACUCGAUGGGAAUUCACAUUGAAUCCAGGUCCAUUCAAUAUCAAAGAACAUGUUCUUAUUUCAGUUUUCGCAAAUUCUGGUGCUGGAAUUGUCUCUGCCAUUCAGGUGGUUACGGCCAUCAAGGUUUUUUACAAGAAGAAAAUUACCUUCUUUGUUUCCCUGAUUGUGGUCAUAACAACUAAGGCACUGGGGUUUGGAUUGGCUGGUAUAUUCAGAAGGUAUCUUGUGGAGCCAGCAGCUAUGUGGUGGCCUGACAGUUUAGUCCAAGUGUCGUUCUUUAGAGCUUUGCACGAAAAAGAAGAACGGACUAAGGGAGGAUUGAAGCGUUUUCAGUUCUUUAUAAUUGCCUUUAUCUGCAGCUUUGCUUACUAUGUCUUUCCUGGCUAUCUUUUUGAAAUGUUAACAUCCCUUUCAUGGAUCUGUUGGAUCUUCGUCAAAUCAGUCCCAGCCCAACAACUUGGUUCGGGUCUCUAUGGGCUUGGUUUAGGGGCUUUUGGGCUUGACUGGUCCACUAUUUCGUCCUACCUCGGAAGCCCAUUAGCAAGUCCAUGGUUUGCAACUGCUAAUGUUGCUGCUGGAUUCUUUCUUUUCAUCUAUGUUUUGAUUCCCCUGUGCUAUUGGCUAGACAUCUAUAAAGCCAAAACCUUCCCCAUAUUUUCGAAUGGUCUCUUCACAACCACUGGCAAGAUUUACAACAUUUCAAGUAUAAUUGAUUCCGAUUUUCACCUUGAUACCACUGCCUAUGAGCAAGAAGGGCCUCUAUACCUCAGUACAUUUUUUACAAUGACAUAUGGCGUUUGUUUUGCAGCAUUUUCUGCUACUAUUGUGCAUGUACUUCUUUUCCAUGGAAGAGAACUAUGGGAGCAAAGCAAAUCAAGUUUUCGACAGAAAACAAAGGAUGUAUACACACAAUUGAUGAGCAAAUACAAGCAAGUUCCUGAGUGGUGGUUUUGGUGCAUUCUUGUAGCAAACAUUGGAUUUACUGUUUUUUCCUGUGAAUAUUACAAGGAUCUACUUCAAAUGCCAUGGUGGAUCUUCAUACUAGCAUGCACCAUUGCUAUUUUCUUCACUCUUCCUAUUGGGAUAAUGACUGCUGUCACUAACCAAGCACCAUACUUGAUCAUGAUUCUUGAGUACAUAAUUGGAUAUACUUAUCCAGGAUAUCCAGUGGCUAACAUGUGCUUUAAAGUUUACGGUUAUGUGAGCAUGACUCAAGCUGUUACUUACCUCCAAGACUUCAAGCUUGGCCACUACAUGAAAAUUCCACCAAGAACAAUGUUCAUUGUACAGUUAGUCGGGAGUAUCAUUGCCAGUCUUGUUUACUUGGGCACUGCAUGGUGGUUAAUGGAGACAAUCCCUGACAUCUGCAAGACGACAUCCUCACAUAGUAUAUGGACAUGCCCUACUGACCAUGUGUUCUACGAUGCGUCUAUCAUGUGGGGUCUUAUAGGCCCUCGUCGUACUUUUGGAGAUGAAGGAGUUUAUACGUCGAUUAAUUGGUUCUUCCUUGGUGGUGCAAUUGCUCCUCUUCUUGUCUGGUUCGCUCACAAGGCCUUUCCUAACAAAAAGUGGAUCAAAUUCAUAAACAUGCCAAUCUUGAUAGGCGUUGUUGGAAUGAUGCCACCGGCUACUGCUGUUAAUUACACAACUUGGAUUAUAGUAGGAUUCUUGUCUGGCUAUGUAGCUUAUAGAUACUGUCCAGAUUUGUGGCAGCGAUACAACUACAUCCUUUCUUGUGCAUUAGAUGCAGGUCUUGCCUUUAUGGGGGUGCUUUUGUAUGUUUGCCUUGGGAUGGAGAAUAUUCGCCUCGACUGGUGGGGCAAUGACCUCGAUGGCUGUCCUUAUGCUUCCUGCCCAGCGGCUAAGGGAGUUGUAGUUGAAGGCUGCCCAGUAGUCUAUUAA